GAAUUGGUUUCUGGUGUAAAGCUCGCCACCAGAUAUAUCCAUAACGUCAUAACCCACAAGCCUGUGUUGCCUUGGCCACUCUCCUCUCUGCCCAUAACGACCAGUUACGAGCCCUCCUUUCCUACGGUUGCCGAGAGGAGCAGAAUCCUCAAUAAGAUUACUCCCGAAAAGUUCAAAAAGUUAAGUAAAGAGCUGUUGGCGGUGGGCCUCGACUCGCCCGCCAUUCUCAAGGGUCUCAUUCUCUUGAUCUUCGACAAGGCGUUGGAAGAGCCGAAGUACAGCUGUAUGUACGCCCAGUUAUGUCGAAUCAUCAGUGAAGAGGCGCCCAAUUUCGAGUCCAACAGAGACCACACUAACGUCGGCCCACUCAACAAAACCUUUUGUCGCCUCCUAUUGGCCAAGUGUCAGGACGAGUUCGAGAACAGGCGUCGGGCGAGUGAGGCGUUCGACAACAGAGAUGGACCGCUCACUGCUGUGGAAGAGGAGCAGCGCUCUGUCGCCAAACACAAGAUGUUGGGAAACAUUAAGUUCAUCUGCGAAUUGGGGAAACAAAACCUUUUGCAGGAAUCGAUUCUUCAUCUCUGUAUCAGACAAUUGCUGUCCAAACAGACGAGGGAUCAGUCCAUACAAGAAAAGGCUCAAGACUUGGAAUGUCUCACUCAGAUAAUGAAGACCGUCGGACGGCUUCUCGACAACGAGAGGGCAAAGUCUUUGAUGAAUCAAUACAUUGAGCGAAUUGAGUACUAUUCGACUCACAAUGAACUCAGUUCUCGGAUCAGAUUUAUGUUACAAGACGUCCUCGAACUCCGCAGGAAUAAUUGGGCUCCCCGUCGAGUGCAACGCGAAGCCGGACCUAAAACUAUACUUCAGAUACGCGAAGAGGCGGCGUUUCUGAUGCCGCAAAUAAACGGAGGUUUACAGUUAGGGACGGGUCCCGGAGCUAUCAAUGACGCCUAUCAUCCAAACCAUAACGUCUCGCACUUAGGCCGCAGAAAUCAGAACAACAAUUACAACAAUCAGUACCAAAACCACGCGAAACGCGAUCAGAUGAACACUAGACAACAGCAACAACAACAACAGCCAACUAAUGCGAGUCCUCCCACUGUCAACAGCACCGGUGGGCGAGAAGUUCCGCCGAGGUUUCAGAAAUUACAACAACCGGCGGUUGCCAUCACUAAUACCUCUAUUAAUGCCAAUCAAAUACAACCACAAUCGGUACCAUUAAAGCCAUUGGCUUCUAUGGCCGCUCAGAGUCACGGCUUUGACUCGAGUGGCAUCUCUUUACGUCCCGCUAUUAACUCUAUGGUCUCUAAACCUAAUAUUCCCUUAACUAAGCAGUCGUCGAACAAAGACUACGGCGUUUAUUUGCCUCCACAUCAGUACACUUUCGGACCGCUUAGCUCUCGGGUACUAAAGCCCGGACAGCGAGAGGAGGACUUCCUGAUGCCUCAAAUGGCUUAUAACGCGUAUAGUCUAGGUUUACAGUUAGGGACGGGUCCCGGAGCUAUCAAUGACGCCUAUCAUCAUAAUGUCUCGCACUUAGGCCGCAGAAAUCAGAACAACAAUUACAACAAUCAGUACCAAAACCACGCGAAACGCGAUCAGAUGAACGCUAGACAACAGCAACAACAACAGCCAACUAAUGCGAGUCCUCCCACUGUCAACAACAGCACCGGUGGGCGAGAACUUCCGCCGAGGUUUCAGAAAUUACAACAACCGGCGGUUGCCAUCACUAAUACCUCUAUUAAUGCCAAUCAAAUACAACCACAAUCGGCGCCAUUAAAGCCAUUGGCUUCUAUGGCCGCUCAGAGUCACGGCUUUGACUCGAGUGGCAUCUCUUUACGUCCCGCUAUUAACUCUAUGGUCUCUAAACCUAAUAUUCCCUUAACUAAGCAGUCGUCGACUAACAUCAAUAAUAUCAAAAACAAUAACGCGAAUAAUAUAAUGAAUGAAUUUAGUAAAACUGUUGAAACCAUUAUUGAAAAGCCGAAUAUCAAUAAGAAUGCGAAUCAAAGCAAUAAAGAGGCCAUUCUUAAGAAGACCGAAGACACUCUGCAGGAGUUUUUGUCGGAAAAUCAAAACAUUGAUGACGUUAUCAUUAAAUUCAAAGAAAUGAAAAUCCCUAAAAACUUUCAAUUGGAUGUUUUGGUCACUAUUCUUAAGAAAUCAUUGGAAGCGUCGGAGAGUGAAAGAGAGACGUCUACUAAGCUAUUGAAUCAAUUGAAGGCUGAAGACGUUAUCGGCGCCAAUAUAUUCAUGAAUGCUUUCAAGGAUUUAAUCAAUCGAAUUGAAGAUUUGGAAACAUAUAUACCUCGAGUUAAGUCAAAUGUGGCGGCAUUUAUGUCUUCGGCUAUCGUCGACAAUGUGGUGACACUGAAGGAGGCGAGCGAACCAUUAGAGGGCGGACAGCAUUACCCACUAUUCAUGUUAUGUCUGCAACACUUGCAUAAGACUAAAGGCAAUGCGUGGCUCUUCAAUGCGUUCACUGAAAGUAAAAUCAAUUUGAUUCAAAUGUUGCCCGAAAACGACCGAAACAAAGAACGAUUGGCUGACAUAUUGGAAGACAGAGCGCUUGGAUUCCUAUAUCCGAUGCUUCGCAUAGAGUCUGACCUCUGGAAACAACUGACACAUAAUGACUGCACUCCCACUUCAUUGUAUCGUUGGCUUAAAGAUAAUGUCGAUCCGUCUCUUCAGAACAGUUGCGAAUUUAUUCGCGUUUUGUUCACAGCUUUGCUGAAGUAUAUUAAUAACGAGGUCUCCAAACUGUCCAUCACUGAUACCGAUAGUCAGACUCAGACCCAAACCAAUGGAACAAACAUUACUGAUAAUGAAAGACAGAUAUUGACUAAAUUUGAACAUCUCUUGAAGGCGUUUCUUAACGAAAAGCAUUCUUUACAACUCAUAGCUCUUUACGCUCUUCAGAGCUAUUGCUUUGGUUUGAAUUUCCCGAAAGGAAUGCUUUUGCGUUGGUUUUUAAUGCUUUACGAUUUGGAAGUGAUUGAAGAGGAAGUAUUCAUCAAAUGGAAAGAAGACAUCAAUGAUGAAUACCCGGGCAAAGGGAAGGCAUUAUUUCAAGUGAAUCAAUGGCUCACGUGGUUAGAGGAGGCCGAAGAGGAGGAGGAGGAAGAGGACACCGAACAGAUCCUCAACUGAUUUUAUCGCUAUUUAAUUAUUGAGACAAAACAUGAUAACAAUCUAUGGCUUCUAAAAUCUGGCCUCCAUUUGCUUUAUUAUAAGCUGAAUGUUUGUCUCGACUCUAAACUAAACUACUAUUCAUUUCUUUUUGGAUUUCUCUCUCAAUUUCUUUUUUAUAAACACUUCUAUCAAAAGUAGAAUAAAUGGAUUCUUUGUCUAUAAUCUCAUUUAAUUCUUAUUUUAUACUGUUUUACACAAACCUUUAUAAUGUCUUCUCAGUUAUUACUCGAUGUUAUGUUUAAAACAAAUAGAC